AUGUCGUACAGCAAGUGCUCGAUUAGGAAAAUGCUGCCAAAGAAUUAUCUUCGCAAGCAUGUGGCUCAUGACAUAAAUGUUGCAACGGCCAACUUCAAAACGCUGGUGCCCAGGAUGGAUCAAUUUGUUUAUAAUGAUGGAACCAGCAAGGACUUGAUGAGUCUGAGUGGAACCCUCCCUGUCAAAUUUAAUGACAUGACCUACAACAUCCCCAUGUGCCUGUGGCUUGAGGACAGCUACCCUCAGACGCCUCCUCUCUGCUACGUCAGGCCCACACAAGAGAUGAUGAUCAUCAGAGGAAAUUACACCUCCAGCAACGGAGAAGUGGAGCUGCCUUACCUGGAGGAGUGGAAGAGUGGUGAGUGUAACCUCGUGAGCCUCCUGCAGGUGAUGCAGGUCGUGUUCGGAGAAUGCCCUCCUGUGUGCAUGCAGCCCCACUCCGAGCCUGAGCACGCCUCGUGUAAGUAA